AUGGGAAAGCCAAAAAAGGUAUUCAGGAAGAGGAAGAGAAGCAGUGGUGUUGAUAAGGAGAAAGAUGCUAUUCCAAACACAGCUACUAGUCGUGCUCUUGUUGUUGAUGAUAUGGUAGUAUGUGAUAUCCUAAGCAGACUCCCUGUGAAGCCACUUAUGCGGUUCAAGUGCGUGUCAAAACAUUGGUGUUCCUUAAUCAUAGAUUCGUGUUUCAUUGAUUUACAUUUUAGAACAUCAAAAGCACCUGCGCGUCUUCUUUUCCUCAUGCCUCCUAAAAGUCAGCUGAAAAAUAAGAGUGCAGGCAUCAGUUACCAGGAAGUCUGUUUCAAGACGGCUGAUUUAUUAUCUGAAGUUACUGGCAAAGCAAUUCCAACUGUUCACACCAUCAGGACCUCUAAAUCGUUUGAGCGUACUGAUAUACUUGGAGCUAUUAAUGGUUUGAUUUGUUUCACAAACAAAUUCGAGGAUUCUGUGUGCAUAUACAAUAUCAGCACCAGAGAGGUAUUGCCAUUGGUUAAAUCGACAUCUAGAGAUUAUGUUAUUGGUGGUGUUAAAAAUGAUUCUCUUGUUUAUGGUUUUGGAUUUGAUCCUGCCACUAAGCAUUACAAAGUCAUAUGCAACUGGAGAGUUAAUACAAAGAAUGAUAAUCAAAUUAGUGUUGGCCACUUUUGGGAGGUCUUGAAUUUAGGGACCAAUUCAUGGAGAAGGAUCGAGGACGUCCCACCUAUACCUGAUGGACUUACUUCGUCUGAUAUUUAUGUGAACGGCUCUAUUUAUUGGUUCCCUAACGAGUUUGAGAGUGGCAUAGUAGCAUUUGAUGUUGGAAGUGAGAAGUUCAGGAAGAUCCAAAUUCCUCAGGUCAUUGUUGAUCGGUUCGGAUAUUAUUAUUACCUUUUACCAGGUUGUGUUAGAAUACAAGAAGUGAAAGGUUGUCUAGCUAUAUCGUGCAGUUUUAAUUUUGCUGUCGAGCUGUGGAUACAUGAAAGAUCCAUCAAACAGACACCAGUGGCAGUGCUGUUAAAAAGUGUAUGUCUCUUUUUUUCUUAUAAUUGGCAAGAUAAGACUUUCCAGAAGAUGAAGAUCAGUGGAAUCCCCUCCUCAGCUACGGUUCUUUUGGUGUUCUAG